CCUGCAUAUCUGUAUCUGCUGACAUAUAGUUCAGUGCGGCUCAUAAAACGUACCUGUGCGCGAUGGAGUGCCACACUGGUGUGGAAAUGAACGGCGUGAUAGAGGUGCGGUGCCAUAACGGCUACACCAGCGAGAGCUCCGUGCAGAAGAUGAAAAGAGGCGAAGCGGCGCGCGUGAAAGCGGACGAGCGGCGGGAGGCGGCCAUGCAGUCAGCCUACACUAACAUCCUGAGCGCUCUGGGAGAGGACACCGAGCGUGAGGGACUGCUCCAAACUCCUCUCCGAGCCGCCAAAGCCAUGCAAUUCCUAACCAAGGGCUACCACCAAACCAUCUACGACGUCCUUAACAAUGCCAUUUUUGAAGAAGAUCAUGACGAGAUGGUUAUAGUGAAAGACAUCGAUAUGUUCUCGCUUUGCGAACAUCAUCUAGUACCGUUCUUCGGCAAGGUCCACAUAGGAUAUUUGCCAAAUAAGAAGGUGGUUGGUCUUAGUAAACUUGCCAGGAUUGUAGAAAUCUACAGCCGCAGACUGCAAGUACAAGAGCGUCUGACGAAGCAAAUUGCCAUGGCCAUCUUUGAAGCUCUGCAGCCAGCAGGAGUAGCAGUAGUCAUUGAAGCAGCUCACAUGUGCAUGGUCAUGCGUGGCGUGCAGAAGAUGAACAGUCGUACCGUAACUAGUACAAUGCUGGGAGUGUUCAGAGAGGAUCCGAAGACUCGCGACGAAUUUCUGGUCCUGACCAAGACACCUUAAAGUCUUACCGCACCUCUGUUGAAAUUUCGUCUCGACAUAAAGCACCAGCAAAUCAGUUUCACAUCUAACUGAGCUACAACACUCACAUCCACACAACAUAAAUGUGCUUGCUGUUAAGUCCUUAAGUCCUUUGCAGUUUACUGAAUAAUCAACAUAUUUUUUCAGUGUACUCUAUUUUUAAACAUGAACUUCAGGACUUCAUGCACUCCAACUAUCUACUAUCAACAUGCUGUUACGCCUUAUACAUCAACCACUCAUUCAUCCUCCGUCAUAGAGGCAGUUAUUUUAUUAUUACUUACAGAAGUUAUGUAUUUUGCAACAUGGUGCUUUAUACUUAUAAUUAUACAUGUUGAAAAUGUUUAGUAUAUUUAGUAUUCAUUUCAAAAAGUUAAUAUACUGACAAUCUUAAAUUGUGUAAAUGUCAAGUUUAAUUAUUAAGUGUUUUCUACAAUUACUACAAAUUACAAUUUCAAAUUACUAUUGUGACUUAAAUUUUCAUGCAAUCAAACUAUGAUCAGAUUGUGGGUCUGAUCCUGUUUACUGGUCUGAUUAAUAUUUAUGUGAUCUAUAAAUGUAAGCAGGUCAACAGUCAAUGUUGCGUUUUACAAGAAUUAGUUUGUCUUUAUUAUAAUUAGUUCACAUGUUUUUUUGGCGAGAUAGAAUUGUUUAAAAGAAGAAAAAAAUAAAUUAUGAGUACUAGUAACUGAAUUUCUUGAGAGGUUUGCUUUAUCCGGUUCAGGAUCAUAGUGAAUG